AUGACUUCCGCAAGCGCAAGAGGAAACUACAGCCAUCCCUCCCUGGAGGAUGAUGAUUUAAUUGACCCAGAUGAUGAAGCUGAUUUGAAUGACUUUGACGACCCUCUCGAAAACCGGUCUGCGCGGCAGCCUCUCUCAGGAAACAUCGGCUCCACCUCAUCACGUCCUCUCAAUGAAACCUAUCUCACGUCCUCGAUUCCAGGCGAAGACAGACGAGCGCCACAGAACACUAUAGACGAGACCGUAUGGGAAACAGUACGUCGGGACUUGCUCGCGGUGUGGGCCAAGUUGAGAGAGGUCCUUUACCCUCGAUAUCUUCUGGGCGGUACAAUGUUUGAUUCUGAAGGCGGUUUACGAGGCGCCUACUCUAAUAUCCGCGGGGCAGGUAUUACGGGGACAAGAGAAGAACUCACAGGCCUUGCCAGUCGUAUGAUGGAUGCUGAAGCGCUUUUGCAAAGUAACAUGAGCCCGGGACUUCGUGACUGGGAUCUUUGGGGCCCGCUCAUCUUUUGCUUGCUUUUGAGUCUAUUGCUCAGCAUCGCGGCCCGAGCCGAGCAAAAAGAUACUGUCUUUAGCGGAGUCUUCGCCAUGAUCUGGCUCGGCGAAGCUGUGGUCACUCUGCAGAUCAAAUUGUUAGGCGGCAACAUCUCCUUUGCUCAGAGCGUCUGCAUCAUUGGGUACACCUUGUUCCCUCUUGUCAUUGCUGGGCUGCUUUCAGCGUUGGGAUUGCACUGGAUUCCACGGAUACCCGUGUACAUUGUUCUGGUUGCAUGGUCACUUGCAGCUGGCGUGAGCAUUUUAGGAGGCAGCGGCGUCGUCAAAAACCGAGUUGCCAUUGCGGUAUACCCGCUGUUUAUCUUCUAUCUGAGUCAUACCGCUAUGGUGACCAGGAACGAUCCCUAG